UCAUGUUCUUUGUCUUCCUUCUUUUAUUAUCAUCAUAAAUGUAAAAUCAAAUUCAUAACUUUUGUUUACCAGAAAAAAACAACUUCAUCACUGAUUGUCCAAACUUUUUCACGCAUCCUACACAGUCGAAAAAGGAACGGAACCAGAGAUGACUUUACCGGACGAAAGUGCGCACAACCAGCAAGGUGUACUUUGAUGAAAAUUGCUUGUAGAGCGCGGGGUGCUUUUCCCUUUUCACGGAAACGCACGCUGGUAUGGGUGUGUGAGAUCAACUCCGCCUGGAAUCGCUGGUGGUGGUGAAGCAUCUCGAGCAAAUGGCGCAUCAGCGGACUACAGCACGGAUCAUGUUUUGCCUUUUCCUCCCGCAUCCCCUUGUCACGCACCACAGUGCGUGCGUGCGGGAGUUGUUCUGGAGCACAGCUUUUUGUUGCCGGUGGCGAACGUUGGAAACGAGCGAGAGGGGCUGUGUCGUCUGAUGUCGCAUCUCUGUCUCAAAAAACAUUGUUAGGGGCGAAUGCAAACCGUCGUGACAAUAGGAGGCUUUGUUUGGGUGUGUGCACUGCUCUGGGACUGAGCAUUAAGGAACGCGGAACAGAACUUUUCCUUCAUAAAUAUGUUUCAUGAUGGAAUUCGGUGAUAGCGUUGAUAGCUGGUAAACAAAGGGAAAGGCCACUGGAUGCCCCGAGGCGAUCACAAACGGUCAAUCCAUCAAAUCGAGCCCUUUUCCGUCAUCUCGAAUCGAACAACUUUUUUCUUACAUUUCACCUAACCAUUCACAACACAGCAAUGCCCACAAAGAGACCGACAGAGAGUUGGGUUUGCGAUCGGAAGGGUCCGAGUUGGAGCCAAACAUCUUAUCUUGUUAGCGACACUCGCGCUUGGAAACUUUCCACCUUCGCUCCCCCGCAGCCUCGCACCACACGAAUAUAGACCACUGUUUGUUCAAGAGAUUGCCAACUGGCCAAGCCGAAGAAGAAGCUCUCGACCACGGGAUAGACAUCCUGCGGCCAAGAAUCGAGUUAAUCGGCUCCGUUUGCAGCAACAAAACAUCCGUGCGUUUCGGACAGAAAGUGACAGCGCGCGUGCGUGCGUCCGUGUGUGCGUGUGCCCGAUUGUUGGUUCUGCUGUGUUUUGGGUCCCAGGUAGAGCGCCAUCUGCUUUUACGGUCGCUGCCCUUCGCCUUCCACACGAGCCUCUGCCACAGUGACUAUACUUUAAUUACAAUCGAUUGAGAUCUUCCUUUUGUUGGUGACGCUACGGAGACGGAGCUGUGACCUGUGCUACUCCUUUUACGGCGCUGCUGCGUGCUGCUGGUAGCUGUGUGUAUCUUUUCGUGGGCCGCGGUUUCCCGGAAUACCGGAGAGGAAGCUCACAGCAUCGGAAUGUAUGGUUUUCGGGACGAAGUUUAGUUUUUCCUAAAAGUGUUAUCCUUUUCGCCACUGAUUAUUGUUCCAUUCAGCCUACUGCGAGAAAUCGUUUCCAUAUUAGCUGAACUACACACAGACGCACACAAUCUCACGAUUCGCUGCAUACGAUAUCCGGGUAAUCGUCGAACGUAGUCGGAAGAUCAUGGCUUGCUGACGGAGCAUCGAAAAAGCUGAUGUCCAAAUUGCCUCGCAACUGAUGUGAUUCCUUUCUUCGGGCUGGUUACUGUACGAGUUUGUUCCUGUUCAAAAUGCAAACCAACUUGAAAAGCAUGCAUUUUUGAUUCGUACACCACCAUCGCUACACCCCAGCUGGUUCCUACAAAGUGUGGCGCAAGGCCGCGACCGCAAUCCGAAAGUUUCAAGAGAAGAUGAGAAUUGGGCUCGGACUGGAGCAGAUCCGAGCACGAAAACGCACGGACUGGACAGCUGCCACCUCGUCAGCCGGGGUAGCUCAACCAUCCGUCACUAGUGAUCAUCAUAUCUUCUUGAACGAUCAUCCGUCGGAAGCCGGAGAUCCGCGUUCGGGACAGACCGUACCGGCGCUGUUACGACAUCGCCGUUUAAUGUAUAGACAGCCAGGUGGUUUCACCUCGCACGGUACCAAGUUGUUGAAUAGGAUUAGACGCAGGAAGCAUCUCCUGCAAAGGGGGCGCAUUGGUAGCAAUCUGUCCGCACGGAGUGCCAGCCAUCAUCAUCAUCAUCAUCAUCAUCGUUCCGUGCGUACUGUGGCAGAUUUCUUUCCGAAACGCCUGUUUAAGGGACCGAAGCUCGCCGGAAAGAAGAAGUGUUCGUUGAAGCGUUCGAUUGAGAAGCAAACUGGUCCGCAGAAAGUGGAUCAGGUGGAAAGUGUGGUUCCGGUGAGUGUCGAGGCCCGCGAAGAACCAGAAAUAGUGUCAAUCGAUUCUAGUGAUCAGUCGGGCGAAGAAAGUGAAUCGGAGGACGUUCAUCAAGAAGAACUGGGCGAAGAGCAGAAGGUAGAGUGUGAAUCAUCGGAAGUUGAAGGAGCUGUACAGGAGGAAAAGCAGAAGGAAGCGGUCAAUCGAGCUACGUUAAUCGGUGAAUUGAAGAAGGACCUUAAAGAGUACUGUUCCGUGCGUUGGACGUUUCGACUUGUGCUUUCGAUGUUGCAGGAACGAUUGGAAGAGUUAGAACGUAGUGUCGAUGAAACGAAUGAUGGCGCGGAUGUGGAUCAAUCUAAUUCGCGUGACAGUGCUGCAGAGGCAACCAAUCAACAAGCAACAACGUCAUCAGCAGCAGCACCUGCCUCGGCCGACACUACCACCACCGGUGAAGUAGAUCUCAGUGUAAUUUCAAACCAAAAAGAAUUAAAGGAAGAGCAUGUAGAACGCAAUGCUCUUGAAUCGUCGCCCUCCCCUGGAGAGGCACUAGACGACCCACAAGGUUAUUCCUCACCAAAGGCCACACCAGACGGUGGGGCUGCCAGUGAACAGAAAAGAAAGUCUGGAUACACCCCGCUAAAGACCUCCAAAACGGACAUCCUCGAUCCGACGUACACCUGCGAAAUCCAGCUGGAACCGCUCGAGGAACGCAAAGCGUCAUUCGUCGAUUCGUUGCUUGACAAGUUCAACCUUCCACCGCCAACUAUGCCGCUCACGAAUGGCUUUGGAGGGGAUGGAGGAGACGAUGGGAUGGGCGAGCAAUCGCAGCAAUCGCGGCGCUGUCUGCGCGAUCGCACCAAGAUUGCCGCUCGUCCACGGUACAUUGAAAUACCGGAGGAACCGCGGCGCGUACGCGUUUCGAAGGUGUUCGGUAAGCUGCACAAAAGUCUUAAUCUCGAUCUAGAUAGUACCAACUCGAACUCGUCCACCGAGUUCUAUGGGUUCGAUGAGGGUGAGGUGGUAAAGCUGGACAAACCGAGCCUGCCGGGUUUGCUGCCGACGCCGAUCGUGAAGAAAUCACAACCGUACGCACCAUUUCUUGCCUACGGUACGCCCAUUAGCGAUAAGGAGGAGGAUAGCCGUUGUGCCUCGCCAAGUUCCACCGUUACCAUUCGCAGUGAUUUGUUGCGUGAAAAUGGGCUCCUGUCUUAUGGAUCGCAUCCACCGCGGUUACAGUGUCCGCUCCGGCCGAGCGACAUGAUUCGACCGCGUACCGUCGCCCAGAAGCGCAUUCUGCUGGAGCAUUUGAGCGACGUGCGCUACCCGAUGAUCGACAACGAGUCCAAGAUUUAUCGGUUUCUAAUGAUGAAAACGAGGAACCAGGAUGAACAGCUAGAUUUCGAGCGGAUGAAGGAACUGCAGGAUCAACCGAUACCGUUCACACGUGGCACGUGGCGUGCACUGUCGUGGUUACGCACCGAGAAGGAUCGUUACAACUUUCAGGCCAUCUGUAUCGAUGGCCGCUGGACGAAACUGAUGGGAUGUCGGGGCAAUCACCCGAACAAGCUGCUGAUGCGGAAGAAGGUGUACUCAGGCGUCGUGAAAUCGUCGGGUGGACGGAGGAUCCAUUAUAUCAACAAUUGCCGCUGCCCGGCCCACUUCCCCCCCGGGGUUACCGUUGAUCUGUCGCCAAUGGAGCCACCGAAGAGCGGGGCCGCUAUCUUCUGUGCCUCCAAGAAGCAAGCGGACGAUUCUGACGAGCGAAAGAUGCCCAGCGGACGACCGAAGCUGCUACCGGAUCGUUCGCAGGAAUAUCAAAAUUAUCGAUCGUUCCCAGACACUAAACCGGGACCGCUGUCAUCGAAACGCUUGCCACCGUCAGCGUUCGAGCAGGAUCCGUACCUGGGGCCGCUGGAAAUCUUUGAAAUGCCCACGGUCGAACUGGAGGUGUUCCCGAAAAUCGAUCGUCCGCUCGAUGGGAUCAUCAAGCCGUACUUAAAGAUGAUUCUGCCGUACAGUGGCAUCACGGAGAACUGGGCACGGUUUGCCGUGUCUACGCUGCGCUCGACGCGCGGUAGUGACGUGCUGCCGGGAGAGGAUGGUGAGCGAUCGUUCAUCUUUCAGCUACCGUACGCCAACGACGAGCGCCGGUUGCUCAUCCGUCGGAGGCUGAUCACGCGCCCCGGCGAGGCCACCGUUGUGCGUACCAGCGGACGCGGUGGUUUUGGUGCCGCUGAUCUGGAACAAUUCGAGCAACAGCUCGAACAGCGGCUAACCUUCCGUGAAGCGAUCGAUUGUGCGCUCGAGAAGGAAGACUCCGCGAUAAAGACGGCACCGGUUGACGAGGACGAACGAAUCUGUGCCGAUGUGCUCAGUGAGCUGACCAACUCGGUGGCAAUCACAAUCGCCGAAGAGUUAUUUGUAACCGAUGAUCCUGAUCUGGAUUAUAGGGAGGAGGAGCCUGAUGCAAAACCACUUUUGCCCGAACAGAAAAAAGAUAACGCCGGCGAAGAUGAUAAAAAGAUGGCAAUCGAUUCAAAGGGUACGCUACCACCAACCAAAGCAGUUACCGAUUCCGUUGCCACUGAAAAACCUGCGCCAGAAUGUAGCAAACCUGCGACCAAAUCGAAACUGCUGCGCGAAAUGAAACGUCUGAAUGCGACCAUCAUCCAAAGUCCUAGCCAGCCGGCCCUCGGUGGAACCGGCGGUCGUGAUUCAUCGGCGACCGAUCCAUCGGCAAAGUCUGUCCAUCGGCCAUGUGAUCCAGUGUACUGUGCCAAGGGAUGUAUCUGUGAUGUGCUGGGAGGGUCCAUGUCGGCCCAAGCCACCGUCAGUGAGUCGCGCACCAGCCACUGUCAGCGCAUCGAAUGCGUGCUAGGGUGUGUUUGUGGUUACGAGCAGAAAAUGGUCAAUCACACGCAUGAAGUAAAGAUUAAACGUAGUAGCGAAGGAGGAGGGGAGCAGGAACGAUCGUCACUGACCAGUGCCGACGUGAAGUAUCUGCGCGAGAAGGCAACGGCUCGGCUGGCCAAGGAGGAACGUGAAUUCACGCCGACCGUCAUCCUCACCGACAAUGCAACGGUGCUGGUGCGCAACACCGAAUCCGAGACGCGCCGGCAGAAGAAGAAACCGAAAAAGUACGACGAUUACUAUAAUGAAAACAGCAUGCAGAAGCUACUGAGUGGUCGGUUUGGGUUUGAGGACUGCGUACCGGCCACACCACCACAGCUACCAUCGGAAGAAAUGGCUCUGCAGGUGAAACCGCUAUCGCUUCCCGAUCGGAUGAGACAUGCGCACGUAAUCCUGUACAAUUUGAGCGCGCUCACCGCUCUCGAACCGUGGUGUAUGGUGCAUCAGCUAUACCGCUGCUACUGCGGUGGUACUGCAACCCAGGGUAAACCGUUCAGUUUUCUCGAGGAAAACUGCGUCGAGCAAACGUCUUGGGAGUCGUCGUCUCCGUCGACAACAGCGACGAAUAGCCCAUCCAGUAGCGGUAAUAACAACACCACGAGCGUUGCUGGCAGAAUGAGCAAAAUGAUGAUAACGAACGGUAGCAGUAAUCUGUUGUUGGAACCCAAGAAAGAGGUAGACAGUGGUAACGCCGCCAGUUUGCCUUACCUUGCACCGUUACCCCGCAAGCGAUUGUAUUCUUUUGAAAAAAUUUCUCCCGAAACUGCACCUCCCAGACGUCCCGGGCGCCCCCCUCACACUUCGAUAUGCUCUUCCGGUGGAUCUGCCAGGAAGCGCGAAAGCUCGGAAGAAUCGUACAAACCUCCGGGGGAGCGAAGGGUGAAGCGUAGGCAGAAAGCAAAUACCACGACUACCGCCACCACUGAGUCCCUUCCUACUCCUAAUGGUGUUGGCAUUGAAAAUGGUCCCCGGCGUAAAGGCAUCAUGCGACGUCGCUUCUCGACCGGUGACUGGAUAAGGCCACGGCAACUCCGCAAAAUGAUGGAAGAGCAACAGCAGCAGCAGCAGCAUGCCGAUGCGCAAUACAAAAUAGUUGCCCGCCCUGCACCGAAGGCUGGCAUUUCGAACAUCGUGCUGAAGCGCAUUCCGCAAGAGGAAUCACCGCCCAAACCGGUGGCAUCUCCUCCGAAGCGAUUAACCAACGGAAUUGCUAACCGUGACGCUGAGGAGCCGGUGAGAAGCCCCAUCAAACCUUCUCCACCGGUCUCGCAGACAGCGCAAAUCGUGAUGUGUGAGUCCUCGGAGGACGAGCACCUACCCGUGGUGGAGGGACGCCGCAAACAGAAGUUUACUUCCUCCAAGGCGCAUGCUAUCCGCCGGACUUCGGUACCGAGCAGCAGCAGCAGCAGCAGCAGCAGCAGUAGCAACAGCCUGAAGAAUCGGACUACCAGUGUUACUAGUAGUCCUAGUGCUUCUUCAACUAAUGCUACAACUUCUAAAACUAUUGCUACUACUUCCCCUAGUUCUACGAAUACUACUGAUAGCACCGCUACUAAAAGUCCUACCAGCGAGCUUGCUCCAACGUUAGUGGUUACGCAGCGUCAGCUACGCGAGCUCAUCGAGCGAGAGAAAGCCUACCCAUCACCCGUGCGCACAGGGCAGCGACGGUUGCAGAACGUGCAUCUAGUGGAUCCGAACCAUAGCUAUGACCUACUACGCACGCCGACAAUGCGACUGGUGAUCUGCGGCUUCAAAAAGGCAUUCGUCGAUGUACGCAUGCUACGCCGUCCGGGCGUGUUGGACAAUUUGGUUUCACACUCCAGUGCCAUGGUGUACAUCGUGAAGAUACCCAUCAACACCAUUCCCAGUGCGUGCCCAGGUGACGUGGUAAUGAAAUCUGGUUGCGCCGUGCCGCCCGUUGCCAAUGCCAGUCGAGGACGACCGUCGCUGAUGCCACCGGCCACAGUAGGGCGUAUUCUCGAUCGUCGUCAUUCCAUUGCGCACGUUCGAACACCCAGCGGUAUACCUUGCCAGCCGCAGCAGCAGCAGCAGCAACAGCUCUAUUCGGCAGCAUCAUCAGCGUCAAGACACGAUGUCAACCAGCAACGUAACGGGCCACAUGAAGUCAAUGAUGAUGAUGAUGAUGAUGACGAUGAGAACUCGGGUGACGGAAUAACACCACCCAAACAGGCGCAGAUCUUAUCGUUGAUGCGCCACGUCUCGACGCUACUGUCUCGCGACACGCCCUGCCUCAGCCAGGUAAAGGCGGGCAUUCUGCACAUCUGCCGCUGGACGGCGCUGACAAAUGCGUUCGCCAUUGGCCAAGCCGACGUAAUUGAUGUGACAUACAAUGAUGGCAACAGGCAGACACUGAUCUGGAUUAACCGGCGACACAAUGCGCCGCUGCUGGUGCGCAACUACAAGUCGUACACUAGCGCCCGGCAUCUCUGGCAGCUCCACAGUCAGUGCGACUUGGUGAAAUAUCAGGCCAACUUACAAUCAUCAGUACUGCACCGCAUGGUCAUCUCCAGCCUUGAUAGUCCGGAAAGCAAUCGGCACCUUGGGCUUAUACUGUACGGUGGCUUACACUACUGGCUCUUCUGUGGGUUCAUCAAAACACCGAAAGAUCGCCAAUCCCUACCCUUAGCAGCAAUGAAAGCAGCACUUCCAAUUAAGGAGCUAACGGCGUUCAACUCCGUAAAGAGUUCGAUGAACAAAAGUCACAGUCCUGCUGAUACGUGUUACGAACGUUCCCAGGAGGAGUCGCAGAUUGAACCCGAACCAUCCAACCAUCGCUCACCCGUUCCGCCUUCAUCGACCACCACUGGUGGUGGCGGCAUGCCUAAGCUCCGUGUCAUCCCGACCAGUAGCUUACUCGAGAAAAAUACCGGUACCACAAUGCGGCCGUCAACUGCGGCAUCUAUCCAGGGUACGAAAAGUGCAAAACUACCGCUGAAUCGUUCGUCAAACAUCGACAUCGCACCCGCAUGCCCGAGUACUGAUGGAUCCGUGCAGGAUCGGAGCAGGCAUUGCCGCUGGAUCAAGUUACACAUAGUCGACGAUUUCACCGACAUGUACAUUCCCGCGUGGAGAUAUUGCAUCCAGUAUAGCCAGCUGAUGGAGGCGAUCCAGCAUGCCAACCGGCACCGGGCUGUGCGCUGUCUAGAGUUUACGCUAUCGACGGAGCACCCCGUGUCGCGUACCGUAAACCGACGACCACGGACACUGCCGUGCAUCUAUGCCGCACCCUAUCAGGACAACAGCAUCUACAUCGGCCCGUUCCACAUUUCUCAAACGCAGGUCGACAUCAUGCUGUGCGUUGCCAGCGAUGGGUUGCUGUAUACGCGGGAAGAGCACGAGCGCCAGAAAGGUAUUGUAAUCCCCGACGGUGCGAAUCGUACCCGUGGACUGUGGAUUGAGAUGCCACCGGAAGCGAUGGAUCUGCUGCAGCGCCAGCUCGAUCGUACGAGAUUAAGGCGCAACGGUGAAACAGUGCCAAGGUCGAAAGCGUCAACCUGCUACAUCACUCCCGCUAUGACCUAUUCGUUCCACAGGAAACCUCCCACAAUCAUCGGGUCACCCGUUGGCACCGCAGAGCCGGUACGUUCUGAACCGAACGGCGGUGCUGGGACAACAGAUGGUAUCGAUACACACGUUGGCACCGCAGAGCCGGUACGUUCUAAAGCGAACGGCGGUGCUGGGACAACAGAUGGUAUCGAUACACACGUUGGCACCGCAGAGCCGGUACGUUCUAAAGCGAACGGCGGUGCUGGGACAACAGAUGCGGCAAAAGCCGCAACAACGAGCCAGCGGUCGCUGUUGAAACGGAGCCAACCAGUCGUUACCGAUACUGCCGCCACCACGAAGCCGCCUGCAGCAGAACCUGGUGCGGUGGCUGAGUGUAAACCAACGAUCAUUCGUAAGCCCCCCAUUCCAGCUACUGUCCGCCGCGUAGCGCUAGCGCCGUCGGCUGUGGAUCGUCCUACUGUGGUGCAUCAUAUACCGCCGAAGAAGUUGCGCGUUGACGACAAUGGCAACCGUGACGACGACGAUGAUGAUGAGGAGAUCGAAAAGGAUGGUGACGAUUAUGAGAGGAGGAAAAACAGUGACAUCGAACAGCAGCAGUGCUCAUCCUCCGGUUCCGUGUCCGCUGCAGCAUCGUUGAAGGAAGCUAGAUCCGGUGAACCUGAUUCAGGUUCUGACGGUUCUUUGAUUGCGCCUGUGAAAAAUGACGACACCGAUCGGUUGGCCCAGUUACUGGAACAAACGAUGCAGUACACGGAACAGGAACAGCGCAAGGUGGAACACUUGAUCAAGUCCAGCCGGCCCAAACCUGAGGAAAAAGUAACUGCUACCACGGAAACAUCAGUUACACCACCAACAGAAGGAACAGCACCGGCACCAGUACUAGCAGUAGCCAAAAGUGGACAAGAUGGAACAAUCGUCGUUCCACCAACGAUGAACCGGAAGCGUAAAUCGGUUGAUGUGAUGAGUGGCAGCGGUGGUGGUGAUGGUGGUGUUGAAAAACAGCAACCGCAGCAGUCACGGAAGCUUGAUGUGCCCAUCCAAGCGAAAUUUAUACGUAUCUCCGAUGCAACUCACAUCACGACGAAGGAGAUUCGUAGUCCGAUUUCGAUUGUCUCUACUGCUACUGCUGGAGCUCCUAGCAGAACCGUCACGCUCCGUCUGAACACGAAUGGUUUUUCAAAAGUGUCGUUAGCACCUGUCACUCCUGAUGCUCCUAUCACGAGCCCCGUUAUGAGUGGGCUACAGAGGACGGAUGCACCUUCAAGAGUAUCCUUACCGCUGCCCAUCGUACCGGCAUCGAGUGCAGUGGGUGUUGUGCAGGCGGUAGCGAAACCACCGGCCACGGAACCACGCAUGCAACCGACCACGCAACCACAACUGGCUACUAAGCCUUCGGGUUCCGAAGCGCAACUUCUCAGACAGAUGCCAAUGGUUCGACGUAACUCGGUGGUGACUAUGGCCGAUUUUAAAAAGUACACCGGAAAGUAUAAAAUUAUCAUUCCACCCAAGCCGACGAGCGAUGCACCUGCUACGGCUGGCCAACCCAAUCCAAAUGCCAUAACUGGCAAGAUACAGAUCCAGCCGACCGAAAGCAGUUCAAAGAUUCAGUCGCCUGCCGAAGGCACCAGCACACCACGAGCUUCUACUGCUGCCAGUCUAGAGGCGAAGAGCGCUAGCCUGGCGGUUGGCCAAACUGUAAGCAGCGGCCAAGAGGUAAACAAAAAGAAUGAACCAGCAGCCCCUCGCCAGCAUGCGGUUGUAGGUCCAUCGUCAUCCUCAGCACCAUCAACAUCAACGAGAGCAUCGGUACCGGCGGUUCGCAAUAGAAAGCGACCUGCGAGCAAUGCCACCGCUAGAGCAACUGUUGAAGAUGCGACGAAUGUUGCCACUAGCUCGUCGUCGUCCAGUACCGCAAAGAGGUCCCAGCCUGGUGUGCGAGGAGUAAUGUCCAGCAACUCCGCACUGUCCAGUAUACUGCCGGAGACGGAGGCAACAAUGCUAAGCAAUUUGCACAAGAAGGGUGUCCUUGUGUCUAACAUACCCAACCUGGGCAUGGUAGAGGUAGUGCGAAUGCAAAUCGAGGGGCAAUUAAUUCUGCGACUGCCCGAGCUCACCUCUCAGAAGCGGUCCGUUGUCGUACCGAACAUGGAGUGUGCUGUCAAAGUGCUGAAUGAGUUCAUUCAACUAAACACCUAUGCCUUCCUGCCGAGCAAUCUGAAGAUCAUUUGGACGUUCCAUGGGAACGUGUACCCGGUGUUCGACUCGAAAAAGCUUCGUAGCAUCAUCAACCAACGAUGUGUUAUUACCAAAUACGGCAUAGUGGAUUUCUCUGCCAAGGGAAAACUCGAAGAAUUUGAAAGUGCCAUAGCGCGGAAGGAUCCGAAUUUGUUGCAUCAGGUGCUGGCGCUACGGUUGACCAUGCUCUGCUAUCCAAAGGUAACGUACGAAAAGCACAAGGACAGCUGGAGCCAAGGUCAGGUCGUAACAAGGGCGACGGAAAUCAUCGGCACAUUGACACAAUCCGCCAAAGCCAAGCUGCAGGAAAAGGCGUUCUACAAGAAUCUGGUGGAAGAAAAUAAGCUUAAGCUAGCACAGUUAUCCAAAAGAUACCCAAAAGCGGCAAAACAAUCCACCAUCGACAUGGAAUCAGUGGUCGUCAUCGAUGAUGAUGAUGAUGAUGACGAGGAUGGUAAUGGUGGCAAUUAAAAUGUGACCAUUACAACAGCUUCCCGACUUACAGACCACUGCUGCGCUGGAAUGGCACUAUUGUAAAGACGCUUUGAGGCAAGGUAUCGUACAAUCCCGCAGGAAGCGAUAACGCGAAAAGUGAAAAGAGCAUUGCUGAGAUUGUGAUGUAAAGAGAAAUGACAACAGGAAAUAUACGGAAACAAUUAA